GUUGGUGAUAUCUUUAUAAAUUUGAAAACAUCCAUCAGACUCAGCAAUUUUCAACACUCUAACUUGAACCAAAAGAAAGAAAGAAAGAAAAAUGGCUUUUGUGAUUUCAAGAGCUGAAUCAGAGACCAAGAAGGGUGGCCUUGAUCACCAAGAAGACAAGAACCCUGCAAGAGAAGAGAGUGCCAUCUCAAGUGAGCUACACUUGAAAUCGUCCUUGUCGAAAUCCUCAUCACAAACCCUCGACAAAGAAGUAGUCCUACGACGCAUUCGCCAUCAGAAGUCCCUAAACAGAAUCAAAAGUGUUUUUGAGGGUUUUCGGGGCUGCUCAGCUUCAGCCCAAGAACAGAAGUGGCUACAACAGGAUGAUGUUUUUUCUUCACCUUAAAUAUAUGCAAGCCACUGGCACUGUUUUCAGAUAUGAGCAAUAGGCGGCCUAUUGACUUGUUGCUAAAUGGCUUCUAAUGUUUUUUUUUCCAAUUUAUGUAACAUCAUGUAUCAGGUUGACCAUCAUAAAAUAUUGCUUCCAAUUCAAAUUAUAUGUCGUUUAAGGUUUUGCACAA